UAUCAUCUUCGAGAAACUCCACCACGUGGAAUAACCAAACCUUUUUUUUUUUCCCCAAGCGAGUAUCGAAAAUGCCUUCUGCACGCCCCGAAGCUCCUCCUCGCCGCCAGAAUCAACUCGUCGAUUGGAGGUGGGUGGUAGUCAUCCUACUCAGCCUGGCCUAUGAGAUCAUGGACAGCUUCAUGCUCCACCGAGAGCGAAUGGCGACCAUCGCCGUCACCACCAUUACCAUCACCACCGUCGGUCCCACGACGCCCUGCGUCUGCCCUGCUCCCACUGCUGCCGCCAUCGAUGCUAUCGCUGGUGCCAUCUAUCCAUCCUGUUGUGGCCUGGGACCUUUUUCACCUUCCUCUGGUGAUUGUGAUAAUUUGAGGCUAUAUAUAGAUAAGAAGAAAUAAAAUUCAGGAGUCUCACAGUGGUGGCUAGCAGAAUUGGCUUAUAUGGCCUUAAUUUCUUCUCUAAUCGACUAUCUCAGAAGUUUAUAUGAGGCUACAUAACGCGUUGACCUUAGAAUAGCUCAGGUCAGCGUU